AUGUUUGUGAUUUAUAUUUUACAUUUUAAUUGUAAUUACAGUUCCAAAUUUAAAUUUCAUGAAAAUAAGAAAUAUGAUAUCAGUGUAAGGGACUCAAACUUUCCUCUGAAAAUAUGUCAUUAUGCUUUGGAUGAAAUACAAUCCUUUUAUAACAUUAAGUUAUUGAUAAAUCCGGAAAUUAAAAAGGAUACAUUACAGUACUAUUCAAUAACAAAUUUUGCUUGGUUCAAUGAAUCGAUCAAGAAAAAUCCUGAACAGAUGCAAGUAGUGAAAAAUGUUAUAAAUAAGACAGCUUAUCCAGCACCAUAUAUAUUAUUUGGACCACCUGGUACAGGAAAGACUGCUACAUUGGUUGAAUUAAUUUGCCAGGCAAUUGUGUGUCAGCCAAGAUUAUUGGUAACCUUAAGAAGCAGGGUAUUGGUUUGUGCUACGUCUAAUGCUGCUGUAGAUGAAAUUACAAUAAGAUUAUUAAAAUAUCUACCAGCGGAAAUUAUGUGCAGGAUUUAUUCGCAAUCAUACGAUAGGUCCAAGGUAAAUAAGACUAUCCUUCCUUGUAGUUAUUUUCUAAAAGAUUAUCUUGGAUUCAUUAGAACUGCAUUACAUUUUCAAAUAAUUCUAGUUACGAACAUUACAUGUGCUUGUCUCCUCAAUACCGAUUUGGGGAGAAAUCUUUUUUCUUAUGUAAUUAUUGACGAAGCAAGUCAAGCUACAGAACCAGAAACAAUAUUACCAUUUUUGUUUGGACCUUUGAUACCCAUGAUGAAAUCACAAGUUGUUCUUGCUGGUGAUCCUUAUCAAUUGGGACCAGUAAUUUUAUCAAGAAUAGCAAAACCAUUGUUAGGUAUAUCAAUGUUAGAGAGAUUAAUGAAUUUUCCUAUGUAUAAACAAGACAAAGAUAAUAAUUAUGAUUCGCGUUAUGUGACCAAAUUGAAACAAAAUUAUCGUAGUCACGAGUGUAUAUUACACGUGUCCAAUCAAGAAUUUUACGAAAGCGAAUUAAUUGCUUGUGGAGAUGGAAGAAUUAUCAAUAGUGCAAUUGGAUGGUCAAAAUUACCUAACAAAUAUUUUCCAAUAAUAUUUCAUUCGUCGUAUGGUAUAGAAAAGAGUAAAAAAUAUUCGUCCAGCAUGUAUAAUCUUGAAGAAAUAUCUAUCAUAAUGAAGUACUUAAAUUUAUUACUGGGUGUAACUUUUGGAGAUAUAAAAAUUGAACAAGGACAUAUAGGCAUUGUAUCACCGUUUAAGCAACAAAAACUUGAAAUUAUUGAGAGAUUAAAAAAGAGAAAAAUGAAUUCUAUAACUGUUGGUAGUGUAGAAGAGUUUCAAGGAAGUGAAAAGGAAAUCAUUAUUUUAACAACUGUACGAUCACGUGUAUUCAAUCACGAUGGAAUACAAAAUAUUGGAUUUUUAUCUGAAGAAAGGAGAUUCAAUGUUGCUUUAACUCGAGCAAAAUGUCUUCUUAUUAUAAUAGGCAAUCCAACUGUUUUAGAAACUAAUAAACAUUGGAAAGUAUUAUUAGAAUAUUGCAGAAAAAAUAAUGCUUUCACCAAAUCUUUUAAAUAGAGGUGAUGUGUGAGCAAAAGGUUUACAUUUUAAUAAAGAGAGAGAGAGAGAGAGUUAUUAAAUAAUACUACAAAGAUUAAUUUUAUGCAAUAUAUAAUGUUAAGAUUGUUUCAUAGAUUUUGUCUACAUUUUAAUUAAAUAUUCCAAAAUUAUCUUAUAAUAAUGAAAACA